AUGGAACCAAUAAACCAUCAAAAAGAUGAUGCAGAAUCACGAAACCCCAGGUGGUGGCACAAACUGUGUUUAAGAUGUCAUCAAGAGGACCCAACGCCAUCAUGGCAACCGUCAUGGUGGGCAAAGAUCUUCCCAUUUCCAUUUUUUCCUACCUAUAGACAAUCAGCACAACGACUUUGCAUCUUACUAUUUUUUUUUCUUACAUGGGGCAUCCUUUAUGUUGAACUGGGAGAAGCGGUUUCCUUGAAUGGAGAACUUUUCAGUAUGACGAUACUAGUCAUCGCAGCGUACUUAAUUGGUUGGUUGUGGCUUAAAAUAACUACUUUGCCAGCACUUAUUGGAAUGCUACUGACUGGAAUAAUGUUUCAAAACCUUAAUUUGGUGCACAUGACCGAUGAAUAUAGAAAACUCAAUCAGGAUUUAAGGAAAAUCGCUUUAGUGAUAAUACUUACAAGAGCGGGAUUAGGCCUCAACGCCGCCGUUUUAAAGAAGCACUAUACGGCAGUACUACAGCUGGGACUAUUACCGUGGCUGGUCGAAUGUAUUGCUAUUGCAAUUACUUCUCAUUACUUGCUUUCCUUACCUUGGAUUUGGAGUUUCCUUUUAGGUUCAAUGAUAGCAUCAGUGUCGCCGGCAGUUGUAGUACCAUGUCUAUUCAGGUUACGAGACGUCGGCUAUGGAGUUGCUAAAGGCAUACCCACACUCUUGCUAGCUGCUGCGGCAAUUGAUGACUCGAUUAGUGUCGCUGUGUUCGCUAUUAUAUUAAAUGCUAUGUUCUCUACGGGAUCUGCAACUUACAACAUAAUUGUGGGACCUUUGUCAAUUAUAGCAGGUGUUCUCUUUGGUUCCCUAUGGGGAGUUAUUACGUCCGUUAUCCCUGAAAAGGGUGAUAUCUACGUAGUACCGUUGCGUUUCUUGGCUUUAUUUUUAGGCGCUCUCUUCGCUUUGUUUAUUUCAAAUUUGAUUGGAUGGAGUGGUGCAGGUCCUUUAGCGAUAGUAUCGUCCGGUUUUGUUGCGGCGUACUUUUGGGAACAACAGGGGUGGGCAAUAAACAAAAAUCCAGUCAGUAAUAUCUUCAGAAUAAUGUGGAUUUUCUUUGAGCCCAUACUUUUUGCAUUUACUGGAGCACAAAUAACGAUUAACGCACUGGAUCCAGAAGUAAUAAAAAUGGGUGCAAUUUGUCUGUUAUCCUGUUUGGUACUUCGCAUGAUCGCAACGUUUUUUGUUAGUUUUGGCUGUGGCUUAAACAAGAAAGAAAAGCUAUUUAUUGGCGUUACCUGGCUGGCUAAAGCUACGGUUCAAGCUGCCUUAGGACCGGCAGCAUUAGAUCUAGUAAAUAAUGGACAGUCAGCCGGACUGCCGGCUGAAGAUGAAGAGCACUUCGCUAAAACACUUUUGGCCGUGAGUGUACUUAGUGUGGUAGUGUCGGCGCCGUUAGGCGCGAUACUAAUUGCUAUUACUGGACCGAGACUCUUAAGCCAAGAACCGGAAACUAAUAACCAAACCAAUUUUGAAACUACAGGAAACACGACAUCAACACCAGUAUGA